AUGGCAGCGAUCAAACGGCUAUGGAAAGCGUGCACUCGAACGAAGUCACUGGACGAACAUAGUCUACACAUCAGCGAUUUACCGCGAUGUCUUGGAACCGUUCAGCUAGUGGGACUAGGUGUAGGAAGCGGCCUAGGAACGGGCAUUUACGUCAUUGCCGGUCACGUGGCACGCGAGGACGCCGGUCCGGCGACUGCGCUCUCGUUCCUCAUCGCCGGAGUGUCCGCCAUCUUAGCUGCGCUCUGCUACGCCGAGUUCACGGCCAGAGUGCCGAAGGCGGGCAGCGCCUACGUGUUCACCUACAUAGCACUCGGUGAGCUUCUCGCCUUCGCCGUCGGCUGGACUCUCAUCCUCGAGAGCAUCCUCGGCACGGCCGUCGUCGGUAAGGCGUGGAGCCAGCAUCUCGACGUGAUGCUAGUCGCCGCCACCGUCGGCGACGACGACGGCGGCGUCGGCGGCGUCGGCGGCGUGCUUGCUAACGCCACGAGCGCCCUCACCGUACCGCUGCUCGGCACGCAUCCCGACCUGGUGGCGUUCGGCGUCGUCUGGCUGAUGUCUCUCGUCGUGCUCGCGGGAACGAAGUUUUCGGCCGUGAUUAAUGCUGUGCUGGCCCUCUUCAGCAUCCUGGUCGUCGCUAGUUUCGCCUGCCUCUCUCUCUUCUACGCCGACAGCAAGAACUGGACGCAGGGAGACGGAUUCUUUCCCUUCGGAGUGUCCGGGGUUAUGUCUGGAGCGGCGCUGUGUAUCUACGCCUACGUCGGCUUCGAGACUAUCGCCACAGCUGCCGAGGAAUGUCGCAAGCCAGACAAGCAAGUACCCGCAGCUCUCUUCAUCACGUUCAUGGUGACAUUUUUGCUCUUCUUCAUCGUCACGUGCGUCGUGACGCUGACGGUGCCGUACUCGCAGCUGUCGCACGUCGCUCCGCUUCCGAACAUGUUCGACCAACGUCACGUGACUGGAGCGACGUACAUCGUCGGCACGGGCGGCCUCGUUGCUCUCACGUCGUCACUCAUCUCUGCCGCCUUCCUCGUUCCGCGCCUCACAUUCUCGAUGGCGCGGGAUGGUCUGCUGUUUCCGUUCCUGCGCACCAUCUCGCCGCGCACGGACACCGCGUGGAUUUCGAUCGUCCUCGCAACGGUGCUGUCCUCUAGCGUCGCGCUCGUCGUUGAUCUCGACUCGCUCAUCGAAAUUCUGUCGGCCGGCACGCUGCUAGCGUACACGUGCCUCCCGUUAAGCGUCAUCGUACUGCGAUACAGACCCGACAAGGUCGGUUUCGAAGCGGGAGAGUAUAAGAAGCCGAUCUCGCGAGAAACGACGGGAUUGUCGGGAAUUUCUCGCUCGUCGUCGGUCGUGUCCCGCCAGACGGAGAAGGAAGAGGAGACGGAGGUCGGCGGGGGCGGAGUGGGUGGGGGCGGAGUGGCGACUGCGACGACGAAGAAGGUGAAGAAAUCGAAGAGCCUGUCUUCCCUGCGCAUGUCGAAGAGCUUCAGCGAGAGUUCUGAGCUGCUCACGACGCCCUCCGGCGGACAGAAAUACAUUCUUUUUCAUGCCAAGGGCAACUCGGUGGAAAGGAAGAAGCGGAUGUCCACCGGCGCUGCUGCUGCUGCUGCUGCUGUUGCACCGAAGCGGAGUGGUGCGUCCACAUCCGGUAGUCAGGACGCCGAAUUACCGCCAGGUGGCUGUUCGUCCUCUUAUCAGAGGUACGAAAAGUCCCUGCCGGGGAUGGCUCAUGAUGGUGCGCCCUACACAAAUAACGAUGCCCUUGCGAUAGAGACGGCCGUGAAGAGCAGCGAGCCAGCGGCAGAGCCGAACGAGACGACGAGUCGCAUCGUCAACGUCUGCGCAUGCGUGAUCAUACUGCUAACGCUCGCUGCGAGCGUCAUCGCCGAGCUCGAGCGAGAUCGACUGCCUGGCGACCCCUUGUGGGCGAUAGUGACAAUAUGCGUGCUGCUGUCGUUGGCGAUACUGUGCGUGGGCGCCAUCUUGAGGCAGCCGCAGAGUCGAACUAAUCUGACAUUCAGUGUGCCGUUCGUCCCGAUCCUGCCGCUCUUUUCGAUCGCCAUCAACGUGCUCUGUAUAGCGAAACUACCCGCAGUGGCUCUAGUGCGCUUUGCCGGGUGGCUGGGACUAGGUCUACUCAUCUAUUUCUCGUACAGCAUACGAAGAAGUCUGGAAUGCAGUCGGGAGGACGAUCAGGAAAUUGUACUCUACGAUGUCGCUGAAAUUUCAUCGGACGUGGUAACAAACAACGAACGAAAAUAAUGCCGACGCAAGAGUGGAAAUAGCAGACGACACCACAAUCAAUGUGUGUGUGUGUGUGUGUAGGGGGGGGGGGGUAGUUUGGGGCGCAUGCGCAUGUGUACAUCGCGAGGAUAAGCUAGCAAGAAGAUAUAGCGCGAGCACGUGACUUCCGAAGGUGCCAAAUGUUCUGAAAGAUAAACAUAACGAUACUCGUCGAGGAUAACAGCAAAUUCUGAAUAAUAGUGUUCUUUCAUCUAAAGUUGAACUUAACAUUUAUUAAAUAAAACAUAUAGCGUUUGUACCGUUAUUAACUACUCUUACGGAGUAAGACACGCAUACAUAAAUGUAAACAUGCUUGUAGUUCAAAAACGAAAGUUCUCGCUAAAAAAUAUGAAAUGGGUACUUAUUAUGGGUAUUCGAAAUAUGUGUGUACAUUAGCGUAAAAUCAAAAAAGAAUUAUCCCUAUAUAUAGUUUUGUAAGGACACAGAUACGUAGAGAUACCCGUUUUAACGAGACUAAUCAUAAUGAGAUUAGUGCAUAAACUAAUAGUGAUCAUUAGGCAAAAUGAUGGGCUUUCUGGUUUCGCCAUGAUGCACACGCACUAUGACACGUAUCAUGUAGAUCUAGAAGAGGCUGUCAACAUCUUCAGCACCACAUCAUUUAAAGAAACUGGAAAUAAACACCAUAUACGGCGACAUACCGUAGACGCUAGUGUCAGUUCUAAUAAGUUUUUCACGCCUAGCUUUAUUUCAUAUGAGAGUGACACAGACUUCUGAACGUAUUUAUGUGUUCAUUGAUGUACUGAUAAUACGUGUUUUGUUUUAUUCAUGUUUGUACAUUAUUGUACACAGUUUAUUCCAAAAUAAAAUAUUCUGAAAGAAUU